CAAGCUCUUUCCAUCCCCAUAUUUGUCCUUGUAGACUCUGGACUUAAUGGCUGUCACCUGCAGGGUAAAGCUGCAAUGUGGUGGAAUGUUUUUUGCAUUGCUGGGAUGCGUUCUCACCUGUGUUAGCACUUUUGUGCCUCUCUGGAAGAAUCUGAACCUUGAUCUGAAUGAAAUGGAGAUCUGGAUCAGUGGACUAUGGCAGACAUGUGUGAUGCAAGAUGAAGGUCCCACAGAAUGCAAAGACUUUGAUUCCUUUUUGGCAAUGCCAUUACCCCUUCGGAUGGCGAGAAUUCUGAUGUUUCUCUCUGACGGUUUGGGGAUCCUUGGUCUAAUAAUUUCUACCAUGUGUUUGGAAUGUCUAAAGUUUGGAGGAAGAGACAUGAAAAAGAAACUCGCACUCCUUGGUGGGACAUUACUUUUGAUCUCAGGUAUCGCUGCUCUAGUUCCAGUAUCUUGGAUAGCUUAUGAUACAGUCCAGGAAUUUUGGGAUGAGACAAUCCCAGAAAUAAUUCCCAGAUGGGAGUUUGGAGAAGCUAUGUUCAUGUGCUGGUUUGGCUCCUUUUUCCUUAUAUUGGGGGGCUCACUCUUGUUUUGCUCAUUGCCAUCUACUGAUGACCAACCAAGCUUUACGAAUCUGGGUAAUACUGUCCCCAAAACAUUGUAUCGACCUGCUUCUGUACAAAGCAGAUGCCCUGAUCUGAUCGUCUGAACAUCACAGAAAUAAAAAGUAGA